AUGGCGUUGCAGGACGGGCAAUACGGUCAUCGUUUGAUCGACCUGGUCAACAAUUGGCGCGAGGCGAGGGAUACCAGGCGCAUGCUUCGCGAGGAGCUUACUUCACACUCCCGGGAGCAGACGCCGGCUCCCUCUCCAGUGCCUCUGGAUGAUUCUACCGUGCAGACGAGCUUGCAGACAAUCCUGACGGAAGUGCGGCAUCUUCAGCGCCAGUCCGCGGGCUACUGCGACCACUGUGGGGCUCUGGGGCGAGUGGCCAUUGCCCAGGAGGAGCUGGCCGCGAUCGUUCGAGGGCACCUAGCUCUGGAGCGGACGGGCACGCCCGAGAAUCGAACUUCAUGCCCUACGCCAAGCACGACCGCCUCAGAAACACAGGCUACGCUCCAGAAGCUGGCGACUGAGCUGACGCUGGCUUUCCAGCAAAUGCAGGAGGCCUUGAAAGGGAGCACCAUGCUGGUGGAGGAGACGAGGCGAUCCCACGAGCACGAGCAGCGGGAGCAGCCGUUUGACAACGCGCCGCUCCGCGACGACCUUCGACAAGUGAAGGCCGAUAUGCGGGACCUCAAGGAAUCUCUCGCGCUGGUGCAGCAGAAAAGCGAGCAGGACACAAAGCGCCUGCUUCAGCAACUGGAGCAUCUGGGCGACGUCGUCACUGUGAGCAACUGCAAGCCGAACGAAGACCCUCCUGCUUCGCAGAAGGAUCAGCAGAGGAUGCUCGAGGGUCUGCAGCACGUCACAGAGCUCAUCGGCAUCGAUCAUCGCAAGGCCCGCGAGGAUGCCGCGGUGGUCCGGCAGUCGGUGUGUGUCCUGGAGGCUGCUGUCUGCCAGUUCAAGGACUCCUUGACGACCUCACAGCAGCAGUCGGCAGAGGAGAUGAUGCAGCGCCUCAGCGUGUUAGAAGAUUUGCUCGCCACCAGUCAGACCGCCGAGCCAUCUCGGCUUCCAUGCCAGCCGGCCAUCCCUGACGAUGUGAUCCUGAGGAGAUCUGGUCCGACUUGGGUGGAGCUCACUUGGGAAGAGCCUUGCGAGCUUCUGCUGGAGCUCCGCAGUGCGGGCUUUCGGCGCACGGAGCUCGCAUUUCCGCCGGUGCAGCUGGAAGGGCUGAGGCCGAACACCGAGUAUGCUGUGGCAGUGAGCACGAUCUGUGAGAAGCAGCAGCCAGUGCCAAAGCUCUCCUUCGUGACGCCACAGGAAGAUGAGUUGAGUUCUGGUGCGACGACGUCCUUGACCGCAGUCAUGAAAGACUUGGGCAGCAUCAAACAGUCCGUGGAUGUCAUCCAUGCCGCGGCCGCCAACGCGGAGUUGCUGCGACAUCUGGGAGCACUGCAGGACCGCUGGGCCUCCCUGCAGGUCUCCUGUCUCACUGAAGAGAUGCAGAAGCUCCAGGCGGGCAACGACCAGAUGAAGGAGCACAUCUCCAUGGAACUCAAGCCCGUGCUGUCAGAGCUGCAGGGCAUCCAUCAGGCGCUCGCGUCUUGA